AAAAAAUUGUGGAGCUUGUGGACAUGGAAAAGAAACUCAUAAUGCUGCUGUUGCUUCUGCAACUUCUGUCCUUAAACUCUCCGUCUCUGGGACAGUCCUCAUCCAUACCAACUGCAAACAUCACUGUAAUGGGUCUUGUUUACUGCGACGUCUGCUCUAACAACAGUUUCUCCAAACAUAGCUACUUCAUGCCCGGUGUUGAAGUGAGUAUAAUCUGCAGAUUCAAGGCAGCUUCGUCCAGAACAAGAGAGAUGCUAACGUUCUCUGCAAAUCGAACCACAGACGAGUUUGGACUCUACAAGCUAGAAAUAACAUCUGUGGAAGGUGUUUCUUGUGCUGCAGAAGCUGACGAAGAUUCUCUAACAGCUUCUUGUCAGGCAAGCUUGAUCAGUAGCUCCUCGGAUUCCUGCAACGUUCCUGGCUACAAAACUACAACGGAUCAAGUCGUGUUUCAGUCCAAGAUGUCUAAUCUCUGUGUCUACGGAUUUACCGCUUUGAAUUUCAGACCGUUUAAUAAGAAUAUUGACUUGUGUGACAAGCAAUAGAGGUCUAAUCUAUGUGUCUUCUAGUUCUCUGUUCUUUAUCUUUAGACUUUGUUUAUACAAUUUAAUUAUAAAUAAAUAAUGUUUUGUUUGUACUAGAACUCAACAUUCCAGACACAAAUUAAGU